AUUGGGUCUGCGCCUGGUUUCGAUCAGCUGCCGAGGGGAACGCCGUUUGGCCCGAGGAACAUCGGGCCAACUGCAAAAGAAGGAUUUAAGAUUCGUGACCGUGCAAAGCAACUAUUUUUAAACAGAUCCACGCCGACGGGAUGUAGUACUCAUCAUACUAUACUAUCGAUUCUGCGAUUCUGCUAUAACACAGAGUGCACCAUGACACAGAGCCCCGCAACCCCGGCAGUGCCCCCGAUUGGCAUCUGGGAAUUCUUCUUCGAGCGCCCUUCGCUUCCUUUCUCGCAAGAUCACGUCAUCUUUCGCUCGGCCACCACUGACUCCCAAUAUACAUAUCGGCAAGUCCAACACCGGGCGGGGCAGUUUGGGAGGGCCCUGCAGGCACAGUGGGGCUGGUGCAAGGGCGAUAUCCUCAUGGUAAUGGCUCCAAAUGACAUCGACACGCCGCCUGUGAUCUGGGGAUGCCAUUCUCGAGGUGGAAUAGUGGCCCCAGUGAACCCAGAAUUGUCGGCGCGAGAGCUUCGCCACCAGUUAGAGGGUAGUCGCGUACGAGGUCUUAUUGUCCAUCCACAGUGUGCGGCAACUGCCGUUGAGGCUGCUCAUCUGGCAAAAUUCCCUAUUGAUCGAAUCCUGCUUCUACGGUUUGAUACGUCUCUCCGAACAUAUCAGAGCAUCCCGACCGUGGAACAGUUCGUCGCCGAGGUAGAACGAGCCUCCAACGUGGAGCUUCAGCGGGUGAAAAUCGAACAAGACAAAGACAUUGCGUUUCUGAUAUACUCAUCAGGGACCACGGGCCGACCUAAGGGUGUGAUGGUCUCUCACCGUAAUGUUCUAGCCGCAGUCAUGUUUCAAGCGGCCGUCGAUGGACCACAUGUAAAUUGGCGUCGUGAUCGCACCUUAGCUGUACUUCCUACUUAUCACAUCUUUGGUCUUAUCUGUCUGGUGCAUCUUCCUAUUUACCUGGGCACGACGACAUUUUAUAUGGAUAAGUUCGACCUUGCCACUUUCUGCAAUCUGAUCCAGGAGCAUCGCAUCUCUCACGCUUAUGUAGCUCCACCAAUAGUGCUCCAUCUAGCCAAGAAUAACCUCGUCAGCGAUUAUGACCUUCGUUCAAUCCGUAUGAUCACUUCAGGUGGUGCACCUCUCGCUGCGAACCUCAUCACUGAGUUGCAUCAGCAACGACAAAUACCGGUCCGGCAGGCGUACGGAUUAUCCGAAACUACAUCCAUUUCUCACGUACAGCCCUGGGACAAAUGGAUGGAUGGUAUGGGUUCGAACGGUCCUCCAAUAUCGGGGGUUGAAGCCAAAUUCAUCACACCCGAUGGCCAUGCAGUGACACGCGGCCACGAAGGGGAGCUUUGUGUGCGUGGACCGACGGUAUUUAAGGGCUACCGCGAUGAGCCUGACUUGACUGCGGCCUGCAUGACACCAGAUGGAUGGUUCAAAACCGGUGAUCUAGGUUACGAAGAUGAGCGAGGUAAUAUGUUUAUUACUGAUCGCCUGAAGGACUUGAUCAAGUUCAAGGGGUACCAGGUGGCGCCCGCCGAGCUGGAAGACCUUCUUCUGGAACAUAACGCCGUGAGGGAUGCGGCUGUUAUUGGAGUUAUGAACCAUGAUCUUGCAAGCGAGGUGCCGCUGGCUUACAUUGUGGUCAAGGCUGGUCAACCGGAAAAUGAAGCUACAGCGCAACUGAUCCUCGAUCAUAUUAAAGACCGGACGGUUUCAUAUAAACACAUCCGCGGUGGUAUCGUGUUCAGCAAAGAAAUCCCGAAAAGCCCAUCAGGCAAGAUUCUGAAGCGGAAGCUUCUUGAAGACGCAGUGUCCAAGGGAGUACGGCCAAUCGGAGCUGUGAAAUAUUCCAAGUACAGCCGCACAGCCAAGAUAUAAAAUAGAAGAGAAAUCUGUCCCCAGAAGAAAAAUCAGGUCCAUCGCCUAGAGGAAAAUAUAGUACGUGCAUAUCGCGGAUGAUAAGGGGCGAGCGUACAGAUUCAACCAAUUAACCAGCCGGUUAUACAUGAUGGAUAACAGGGAGAAAGAUUAGAAGGCCAAAUAUAGGCAUUAUGCUUCAUUGGGCCUUAGGUGCGGCUUAACAUCACAUCUAUUAUAAUGCUGCGUCUCACGAUUGGGCGCUCAGUGCAUAUC